AUGUUUUUAUUCCACUUCUUCGGGGACCUCUAUAUGCCCUUAUACGUGGAAGGUUACGAGAAAGGAGGAAACGGGGUAGACGUCGCUUUUAAAGGUCAUAAAGAUAAUCUUCACAAUAUGCCAUAUAAGAUCAAUGCAAUUAGAUAUAGACUCAAGUAUAACGAUAAAAAACUAAACAAAUAUAGGCCGACGAGCGCCGUGGAAUGCGUGGAUGUGACCAACCCCCACACAUAUAUUAUGCAGUGGGCGGAGGAGACCAAUCUUCUGAACCGUGCUGUUGUUUUCAAAAGGGGAAUUCCGUAUCUCACGAGCGAAGAUCUUGGGGGAGAAUACUAUGACGACGCCGUGCCAGUCAUUGCGGAACAAAUCGUUAAAGCAGGUGUGCGUCUAGCAGCCUGGAUUAAUGCCCUUGCGGAGCAGCGUCGAGCCAAAACGGGGGAUCCAAUGAGAGAGCUAUGGGGAUGGUCCUAG